UCUGGAGCGGUGUGCAUUAUAGAUAUCUUAAAACGUGUACUAUUUGAUACCAGUUGUAUUAAAAUUACAAUGCAUGUUAUUAUAUGGUAGAUAUAGACGGAGAGCUAUUAUUAUUAUUAGUACUCCGUUCACCGUUGUUCGAUCUUCAAUGUUAUACGCCGCAGACCGUCAGACUGAUUCAUGAUUGGCAGUAUUGACUAUUGGCACUUUUCACUGAUAUAAUAUGUUGCUCUUCAAUAGAUCAUAAACAUUAUUCUUACAUCAUCUGUGUACGUUAACACGUAUGAUCCCGUCUAUAAGUUAUUGAUGUGUUUUGUCGCUUAUUUAAAUUGUAUAUAUUAUUGAAUUCUAACUAGUUUACUACAGGCGUCAAAGUCACAUUGCCGUGUGCGGCUCCAGUUUUCCACUAUUUUGUACAUUAAACGUUCCUACUUAUUUUAAGCUUUGGACACGCAUCAUCAUUCAGCACRAUGGAAUUAUUACAUUUGGCACCAGAAACUAAAGACUUUCAUUGUCCAUUUAAUGUAGCGCAUACAAUGCCACAAAAGACAUUAACUAAGCAUUUGACAAGAUGCCCGGAUAAACCACCCAAUUUUAAGCAUUGUAUCUACAAUUUAUCACAUGUAAUGCCUGAAACAGAWUUGAAGAAUCAUGAAGAAAAUUGCCCAAAUCGAAUAUUAAUUGAUGUAGCUAUUUAUGAAACAGAAGAUAUGACACGUCCAAAAUCGAAUGUAGAAAAUGCACCAUCAAUAAAGUAUGAAGAAUCUUGGGAUGGUUUGGAACAAACCUCUGAAAUCUUUAAGACCAUCAAAACCAAAACAGCAUCGAUGAAAGCAACUCAUAACAUUACAAGAUCAGAACGUAAACAACAUCGUGUCAAUUUACACGAAAAUGAUGUUAAUAAUGUUGAUAGAGAUGGAAAGAAACUGCUGAAUAAGAAAAUGGAUACAAAACCAUUAUUCAUUGGAAAGAGACCCAACACGUAAAACCAAAAGGAUAAAAGUUUUGAUAAAUUUGACAAAAACAAACAAAAAGAAGAUUAAACUUAUUUAAAUAAAUUAAAU